UAUAUCUGAGGGCGGCGAUGGUAUUCCACAUGCUGAGUGUGAAUGGAUUUAUAUAUUCCUGGAGGCAUUUUCAUUUUUUUUUUUUUUUUUUUUUGGCAAAAACCCAUGGUAGUAUCCUGUACACUGCUUAUUAGUAUGCACAUUCAGUGCAGAUAUGUUGAAAGAUUAAAUACAAUAACAUUUGAUGAUGCGUCUUAGCCCUACAUGCUGGGUUAUUUCACAUGAAAUUCAUCUGGUGUAUGCCAAACUUUAAAAUCUAACAUUCAGUGAAGGAGAAUCAUGGAUGAAGCACCCCAUCAAGAAAGUGAUGCUUGGUAUAACCACCAAGUAUACUCCAGGUAUUGGCGUCAUUAUCAACAGGCCAUGAACUGGCAGUACAGACAUAAACAGGCUUAUAUAAAGGCACUAGAAGCUGUUUACUAUUCACUGUUCAAUCCACCACCACCUGCUGCACCUCAUUGCUAUUCUGACUGGAAUGAAUGUGAUAAUCCCAGUUCCAUGAGACAUUAUUCUGCACCCAGAGAGAGAAUGGACUGGGCAAAGCAGCAUGGGUGUAGGGAGCAGGAGAAGCACAAGGAGGAGUUGGAAACAAAGAGCGAAUCUGAAACGGAGAGUAAAGGGGACUCCGAGUCAGACAGCGAAAUAGAAUGUGACGUCAGUAACAUGGAGAUAACGGAGGAGCUCCGGCUGUACUUCGCACAGACUGAGAAACACAGGGAGGAGCUCAAGAAACAGCAGCAGCAGGAUGUAGAACGGCAGGAUACAUAUGUGUUGGCUGACCAUGAUUUGUACAGAGUUUCCGGUCGAAGUGCACAACCCCCAGUAGAGCGGCCUGGUGAGAGAAGAAUGGCCGAAAUGAAGAAACUCUAUGGGGAGGAUGCUGCUAAAAUCCAGGGCAUGGAGACAGCCAUGCAGCUCACUUUUGACAGAAACUGCGAUAAAAAGCAGCCAAAAUACUGGCCUGUCAUCCCCCUUAAACUAUAAAUCUAAUUUGACAUGAUGCUAAAUGAAAAAUGUCUUUUAUGAGUUAUGCAAAGCACUGUUCAUGUGGUUGCAUGUGAAUGACAGUAUUGUAUGUCAAUAACUGUUUGUUUUAAUGUGCUUUAUUGAAAAUGUCUGACCCUGUGACCCUUUUAUAUGACUCCAGAAUAGUGGUCUAGUUCAGAAAGAUUAAGGGUUUCAAACUGAAAUGUUUCCUGUUGCAUACUUUUUGUAUUUUCUCUAAAAUAAACAAAAUGUUUUUUAGUUCAGACCAAGUAUUUAUUUUUA